AUUUUCAUGAACUGCGGAGCCGGUUCGCGACACAGUAUACGCAACACUGACAACGUAUAUUCACAAUGUCUAGAAGCGGUAGCCUUCUCGCUCUGGUCAUCGCUACCUUGGCGGCAUUGAAUGUUACAACAGUCACAGGUCAAGGAUUCACAAACAUAAACUUGAUACCUGCGAACAAUGGCCAUCUGGGUUCGGAGUUCAAACUGGACUGCGGGUUUACCUACGCUGAUGCCGUCUCCAUAGUACGCAAGGUCCAUUUCUAUCGCAAAAGGCAAAAUGAUCCGAACUUUUUAGAAAUAGCCAAUGCUGACACUCAAGCUAGUCCCACUUAUCGCUGGAAUGAUACCGCUCUGCAAAGUCGCUCCAACUUUACUAUGCUGAACAGAACCUCUUUUCGUAUCACCAUACGUAGUCUUGAAUGUGGAGACAAAGCAGAGUACAGAUGUAUGUACCGUGUUGGAAAUCGUGACUCCGAAUACGCGAUAUUCAGUGAUGCCAAAGCAUUGGAAAUGCCAGGUUCCUGUACGGCGCCAGGAGACUGUUGAGAAAUCCCGACAUGUAUGCGACGACUGAACAGUUAAAAUGCAUGAAAACAAGGACGACGCUGCUCGAGUGCCUGGUAUACUGUUUAUCAGAUUUUGCACGGCGUGAAAUAAAAAAAAUAUAUAUACAGCAAUUAAACCUUUAAGG